AUGAUUCCCUUUCCCAAUCAGGUCUCCUUCGAGGAGGCUCGCGACGCCACUCUACGCACCGGGAACACAUCUCCAGGCUCGGAAGGCUCAAUCCACUUCGGCGUACUACACCCACAACAAGCCGGCGCGCUCCCGAAGAGGUCGGCCGUGGAUCUCGUAGCUGCCUUGGUUCACGACAUCGAGGAGGCAUUCGCCCGGAAGCAAGUCGCAACCCUGGUGACCUUGGAUAUACAAGGCGCCUUCGAUACAGUUCUCUGCAAUAGAUUGGUCCUCCGCUUACGAGAACAAGGAUGGCCAUCGAACCUCGCGCGCUGGGCCGGCUCGUUCAUGCAGGACAGAUCGGCACGCAUCCGCUAUCAAGACAUCGUGACGGAUUCAUCGCCCCUCCAGUGCGGUCACUCUCAGGGACGCUUCGGCUACGCGGACGACACUGCCAUUCUAUGCCUUCUUUCGUGGGGCGCCGCUAACGGGAUCUCUUUCGACCCCGACAAGACAGAAGUGAUGCACUUCUCUCGAACGAAGCCCAAGACGGCGCCGCCGGUGCUCCACGGCGACUCUCUCUCUUUCAAGACACACGUCGAGAAAUGGACGGCCAAGGCGCAAGCUGUUGCCUUUCAUCUUAGGAGACUGACGAACACGAAACAUGGCCUCUGCCGAGUGCUAUGCGACGAGCCGUCUGCGCUUGCGUCAUCCCCGUGCUACUGUACGCGGCGGAGGCCUGCUCUCGACGAAGCUCACCCGCUCGUCCAGCGCACGUCGCGACCAAAAGCUCCCGUCGUGACCGUGAACAAACUUAUCAAGUUGAAGUACCAGAAACAGCCACAGCCCUUCCGUACCAGACUGCGGCGAGCCGACGAAAUGCUAUCGAGCUGCCCGAGACCUGCUUUACUGCAGCGCGGAUUUGCCGAAGAGCAGACUGCGCCUCUGCAGAGUGCAUCGAAACACGAGACGGCGAAAAAAUUUCGCGACUGGCUUCAGGCACUGUCGCCCCGAACUCUUGUCGUCUACUCCGACGGGUCUCGUUCUGAGGAAGGCCACAUCGGAUACGGCUAUGCUGUUCACCGGGACGGAUCCACCGUCUUGAGCGGCAAGGGCCGUCUUGGAACAGCUGAGGUUUUCGACGCUGAGGCGAAAGGUGCAUUGGAGGGGUUGAAGGCAGCGGUGAGCCUUCCAGAAACUGACCGCAUCUUUGUCUGCCUCGACAACCUCGCGACCGCAACAUGCUUACGGGGCACGCCGAACGACUCCUCGCAAGAGGUCUUCCUUGAGUUUCAAUCUUUGGCGGGAGCAUCACUGCCAGAACCCGCUGAUGGCGAACCGACGCUAGCGCAUCUGCGAAAAAUUGCCCGACUGCAGCGGAAAGAGGCAGUGCCUGGUGGGAAACCUCUGCGCCGGAGCGAUACAGAGACCUGA